AGAGUAAUUCCAACCUCAUCCAAAGGAGACAAUUUGGGCUGUUUUGGAACAAAUAAAAAAAAAAAAGAAGCUAAUAAUUCCGAUACUCUCAACGAAUAUAAUAUUUCGGCUGAAUAUUCUAAAAGUUUUGUAACAUAUAACAAAUUAAACAAGGGAUACGAGCAAUUAUGGCAACCUGAAGUAGUUCAAUACUAUUUGUCAUUGUUGCAAAGUUGUUCUAAUCCGGAAACACUUGAAGCCGCUGCUGGAGCAAUUCAAAAUUUGUCUGCAUGUUAUUGGCAACCUAGUAUUGAUAUUCGCGCAACAGUGCGUAAGGAAAAAGGUCUACCGAUACUUGUUGAGCUUCUAAGAAUGGAAGUGGAUCGCGUAGUUUGUGCAGUCGCUACAGCACUACGCAAUUUGGCUAUAGAUCAACGCAACAAAGAACUAAUUGGAAAGUACGCAAUGCGUGACUUAGUCCAAAAACUUCCAUCUGGAAAUGUACAACAUGACCAAAAUACAUCAGAUGAUACAAUCACAGCUGUAUUAGCAACAAUUAAUGAGGUUAUAAAAAAAAAUCCGGAGUUUUCCCGUUCCUUGUUGGAUUCAGGUGGGAUAGAUAGACUUAUGAACAUAACAAAACGGAAAGAAAAAUAUACCUCUUGUGUGUUGAAAUUUGCAAGUCAAGUUUUAUACACCAUGUGGCAACAUAAUGAUUUGCGAGACGUUUAUAAAAAAAAUGGAUGGAAAGAGCAAGAUUUUGUUAGUAAACAUUAUACUGCACAUAAUACUCCACCAAGUUCACCAAAUAACGUAAACAAUACACUAAAUAGACCGAUGGCUUCACAGGGACGUACUCGCUAUGAGGACAGAACCAUUCAGCGUGGAACAAGCACAUUAUAUAGUGCUAACGAUUCCAGCGGUGCCGUUAUGUCUAGUAAUGAAUCUGCAAUGCUUUCAGACAUGGUUAGAAAACAACUAUAAAAUUGGUUGUAUUUUCAUUAUUAAAGUAAUUAAAAAUACAUAAAUAAAUUCAAAGUUUAAAUUAUAUUUACUUAUAUUCCUUUAGCAAAAGUGUUUUUGCUGUAUUUACUCAACUUAAUUGUAAAAUAUCAUAUUAAAUACAUAUUUAGAACACUA